AGAAAGAAGAAAUGUCAUAAAAUGCCAUCGGAUUCUGAUGACGUUGCAGCGGUGAAACAACCAUGGAGUCAGUUGAUAGUGGACAUCUCCAAUUUCUUAUCAGAACAUCCACAAUCAAAAACAUCACAAGCUCUUCUUCCUAGCUGUAAUGGAGUAUGGUCGGAUGAAGAAAAACUAGAACUUAUCGAAGCAUUCGGCCACAAAAAACAAUCACAUUUGACAAAAAGUGGAGUGAAAGCUGUUUUAGCUGCAUUCGAGGGAGACCGUACUCAACCUGAUGUAAUCUUCCUUUGUCGUCUUCUUCACCUUAUUUUCAGUCAUUUUUCAUCUGAAAAUGACCGAAAAAAGGAGAAAUAUAUAGUGAAAUGUGAUGUAAUUGCAACUUUAACUCGAAUCACACGAAAAAGGAUUAUUAUGACACUUGAUGUAACUGAUGAAUCUUCAAUUGAUCAUAAUUUAGAUGAAGUUUUGUGGAAAUUAUUGCACAAAAUAGGUCUGAAAGAUCCGCGUGUAAGCCUGAAAGUUCGAAUGGGCGGCUUGAUCUCUCCAAUGUGCAAACUUUUUAUUCAAAAAGAUACUUUGCCAGAAUUGUUUCUUCCAUUUUUCAUAAAGAUCUCAAGAUCUCCACGAAAUGGACAGGCAAUUGGUCGUUAUGAAGGUUUUAUGACUCGACUUUUAGUGAAAAUUAAAGCAUUGGAUGCAUCAGAUCAAACAUCUCAAGUUCUACUUCUUGACAAACAUCUUCAAUUAUUGUUCUUCACUAUGAAAAAUAAACGUACUCGAACUCAACUUCUGCGUGAGAAUAUAUGUAAAUAUCUACUUGAAGUUCUUCGUCGACACCUUGCUUCAUCAUCAAAUUCUCGUCCAACUCGUCUUCUCUCAUCUCUUUUCGGAACUUUUGAUAAAUCACUUUCAGCUGCACACACUGAGGUUGUCAUAGGAACAAUUGCUAUUUUGAGGCUACUUAGCAAUUUUAAAAAAGCACGCGAUGAGCUGAAAAAUUUGCAAGUACUGGACAUUUGUUCAAGAGAACUCAAAGAAUUUUGGAGUGAUGAAUGGAAAACUGGCCCCAAAUCUAGGAUUGUGGAUUCUCUCUCUGCAUUGUGUCUUCGUUGCAUGUCCCCACUACCGUAUCCUCUUGAAACUCGACGUUUCCCAAUUGAUUUUCCACUUCCAACAGCAACUCCAUCAACUCCUGGAGGUCAUGGACGUAUUCGAAACUCAUCAUCAAUCAAUAUAUCAUUUGAUAAUGGACGAAGUUCAGAUGAAGAUGGUAUGGAUGAAGAAGAUGAAGCAUUUGUUCGUGAUGAUGAUGAUGAAGGAAAAGAUGAUAGAGGAUCAGAUGAUGAUGAUGGAAAGGAUGAUGAUGAGAUUAAUGGAGCACUUCCGAAGACUACAAGGCUUAAUCCUCAGCAACUCGCGAAAUAUGCACCUUUUUUUGUUGAAAAUGAACAAGGAACACUGCAACCAACAUUUUCAAUGAUUUAUCAAACGAAUCAGGAAUCAUGGAGAAGUAUUUGUGAGAAAACUCGUCACGUGAUGCCAAUUCAUCAUCAUCUUCCAAUUGAAAUGUUCAACACACCCACCCGAAUCCGUGAGAAAACUGCGAAAACUUCGAAUAAUAUGAAGAAAAUGAUCAUCGAAGAGUUGGACAAACCGGAGAGAAGUGCAACGUCGAAUCAAGUGAUCUAUGAUCUUGAUACAGCGGCUUUCGAUGGUCUACCAUCACCUGAAUUACCAUUUGUGACUGGAGGAGGAAAAUUGGAUACUUCAAAAGAUUUACAAUUUGAUAGUAGAUUUGAAAGUGGAAAUUUGAGAAUGGUUAUUCAAGUUGCUCCAACUCACUACGAACUCUUCCUUUCUCCAGAUGUUAAUCAACUUCGUGAUCAUUAUCAGUGGUUCUUUUUCCAAGUCUCAAAUAUGCGAAAAUCAGUGAAAUAUACAUUUGAAAUUGUCAAUUGUCUCAAAUCAACAUCAUUGUAUAGUCAAGGUAUGCAACCAGUGAUGUAUUCGAUGAUGGAAUCUGCAAAUGGAUGGAGACGAGUUGGUGAAAAUGUUUGCUAUUUUCGAAAUCUUUAUAUUAAUGAGAAUGAGGAAAAGAAGAAUGUAGAGGAGCAGAAGAAGAAGAAAUACUAUUACUCAAUUCGUUUCAAUGUGACAUUCCAAAAUACGGGUGACAUUUGCUACAUUGCCUACCACUAUCCGUAUACUUACUCGUUUCUCAACUCUUCCCUGAGCAUGCUGAAAAAGCGGAAACAAGAAAAUGUAUAUUGUCGGGAAGACGUCAUUGGGCAUUCAUUGGCUGGAAAUCCAAUUAAGAUGCUCACAAUCACGACACCAGCGUCUGCAGCUGAAAUUGCGGCACGUGAAGUGAUUGUACUGAGUGCACGUGUCCAUCCUGGAGAGACGAAUGCAAGUUGGAUUAUGCAAGGAAUUUUGGAAAAUCUUCUGUGUCGACAAUCGAAUGAAAUGUAUCGUCUACGUGAAUCGUUCAUUUUCAAAAUCGUUCCAAUGAUCAAUCCGGACGGAGUAACAAACGGAUCACAUCGUUGUUCUUUAGCUGGAAUUGAUUUAAAUCGAAUGUGGGAUCGACCGAAUGAAGCACUGCAUCCUGAAGUUUUCGCCACAAAAGCGAUCAUUCAGUACUUGUGCGAAGUAGCAAACAAAAAGCCAUUUGCAUACGUGGAUAUUCAUGGUCACUCGAAGAAAUGGGACUAUUUCGUAUAUGGAAACAAUGCAUCUGAAUCAUGGAGAGCUGAUGAUGUUCUGGAUGUUGGAGCUGCUCAAUUGGAAGAAGAACUUCAUUUGGCAUUACCUAAAGCAUUGGAAGCGACUUGCCCAAGUCGUUUCAAUGCAUCAGAAUGCCGUUUCAACAUAACUCGUGCCAAAGAGUCAUCUGCCCGUGUUAAUGUUUGGCGUCAAUUCGGAGUCUCCACGGCUUACACUUUAGAAUCAACAUUUUGUGGUUUUCAUAAAGGACAGAACAGUGGAUAUCAGAUUAAUACUAGUGAUUUGAAGGAAAUUGGCAGAGAUUUGCUUCACUCAUUUUUGGAAAUGACCAAGACUUAGUUGAGCUGGUUUACUGUCGAAUUCUGUGAUAUUCCUGAAAUCAGCAAACAGGAUCUUAUUGAAAAAUAUCAUGUUUGCUGAUUUCUUUCAGUUUCUUGUCACCUUUUUUCAAAACAUUUUUUUUCGUUUUUGUGAUCACGUUUCCAUAUUUUUCCGGAUUUCUCCAACGAUCUCUUGUUUUUUCACCCGUCCUUUUCCCCCACUACUUUCUUUUUUUUUUUGAAGUUAUGCAUAAUAUUCCUCGUAUGUAACAAAUUAUUAUUAGCACAAUAAAUUAUUUAUUUAUU